AUGGAGCCACUCAACUUGUCUUUUCUCAAGCUCACUUCGUCAUGUCGUCUCUUUUUCGCAUGUGUAAUGUUUUUGACGUGUAUUAGCCUUGUCUCUUCAGCUAGUAACAUGACAGACAAACUAGCGUUGCUUGCAUUCAAAGCCGGGAUAACUGAGGACCCUUACGGGGUGCUGAGUUCAUGGAACCAUACGACCCACCAUUGUCGGUGGUAUGGUGUCACGUGCGGUCGCCGGCACAGCAGAGUCACGGGACUAGACCUACAAGAUCUGAAGCUUUCCGGAUCUAUCUCCCCUCACAUUGGAAACUUGAGCUUCUUGAGAGUCCUGAUGCUCAACAACAAUAGUUUCUGUCACGAGAUCCCGCAACAAGUCGGCCAUUUGCACAGUUUGCGUGUCUUGCAGUUAUUCGACAACACAUUGGAAGGCAAAAUCCCGAGAAACCUGUCGGGUUGCGCUCGCCUUACACGGCUCCGCCUAGGUUGCAACCGGCUGGUCGGAGAAAUUCCGGUUGAAUUUGGUUCUUUGCUGGAGCUUCAGUAUCUCUCUUUACCUAAGAACCAUCUGACGGGAACUGUUCCUUCAUCCAUCGGAAACAUGUCCUCGUUAGAGAUUCUCAGUCUUGCUUUGAAUGAAUUAAGUGGGAAGAUACCCUCAGCUCUUGGAAAGCUAACCAAACUCAAAUCGCUUGCUGUAGGACUAAAUAGGUUGUCUGGCACAAUUCCUCCAUCUAUCUUCAAUCUUUCUUCUGUGACGCUGUUCGACAUUGGUGUAAACCAAAUAGAAGGGACUCUUCCUGCCAAUAUAGGCUUCACUCUUCCAAACAUUGAGAUUUUCAGCAUUUCCUCUAACCGAUUCACUGGAGCGAUUCCUUGGUCAAUAUCUAAUGCAACCACUUUAGAGUCUGCUACAAGCCAAUUCGAACAAACUCUCAGGGAAUGUGCCUCCUUUGGACCGCUUAAACAAGCUCAAAGCAUGGAACUUUGGUUCUAA